AUGGAGGAGGCUGUUCUCCUGAACAAGACGGUGCCUGCGGGACGGUCACAAGUAACCACAAUUCUUGUGAAGCGCGAGGGCUCUGGCCAUCCUUGGCACUCACUCAUGGAAAUAAUGAGCCUUUCCUGGAGUCUCGAUGUGCUCCAAAUGAGCCUCGAUGCCGAAACUGGAGAACCCUUCAUCACACCCAAAUCUGGCGCCAACAUGCAGGUCGUUCUGAUAGACAAGCAUGAGGAUGGUCCCUACAUCGACUUGUGGAGGCUCUUUGCGACGAUGCCAAUUCGCCACAUCUCUGAUCUCAACGCAUCGGAGCCCGCGUCUGACAUCAUUAUCCCCUUUGCAGGAGGGAGCAACACGCUAUGGCAAGGGGACUGGGAGGACUUGCUGUGCCGGGAUUCGGCCCUCGUCAAGACGUUUGUCUCCCGCGCACUUGCGCUCUACAAGGUGAUCACGCCGACGAAGAACGACUCUAAAAUCAUGGUCACAUAUGUGCGCCGUACGAAUACCAGAAGUCUCGUGGAUGAGGAUGCGCAUAUGCAAGCCCUAAGGGACCGGAUCUCCCAUAUGGAGCUCCGCAUCGUCGACUAUGGCAUCAUCCCUUUUGCUCAACAGCUCGAGAUAGCACGGGAGACCGACUUCUUGGUGGGUGUCCACGGCGCCGGCCUCACGCACAGCAUGUUCCUCCAGCCGGGGUCGGCCGUGCUCGAGAUCCUCCCCGAGGGCCUGCAGCACAGAGGGUUCCGAAACCUGGCGCAGAUGCUGGGCAUUGACUACUUUAGUACCCACGCAAAAAUGUCUGGGGACGCCACGGGCGAUGAUCGGUGGCAGUUCAACAACGUUUAA